ACUAUCAAACCACGCCCCCCAGUUUUGCCUGCUCAUGAAUAUGCAUGAGAAGGGUAAUUUCUGACAGCACUCCGGCGGUAAAGAGCUCUUGUCAAGCCGCUUGAAAGCAUCGAUCGCAGAAGUAAUACGUCGUGCGUGUGAAGGAGGGUUGCCUCUAAAUAAAUCGAGGCGAAUCGCGUUUCAAAAUUCAAUCUUUUUAAACAGAGAAGCCUCUGAAUAGGUUAUAAAAAGAGACAGUGGGCUGUCUAAGGAUCAAGGAUGGAGCCUGGCUGCAUCAAAGAGGAGGAACCGAUCCAGUUUGCGACUGACCUGAGCGAACUGCGAAUCGUCCAUGUUGUAGAAGAGACGGCCGGGCCGGAACCGGGGGCGGUCCGCGUUAAAGAGGAGCCCCCCGAACCGCUAGACUGGGUCGACUUGAGUUCUGACGUCGCCGCCUCCCGUCCGACCGCCGUGGGGGUCCCUCUGUCUUCCGGGGGCGUGUCCGGCGGCCUCCACAGCUGCCCCGAGUGCAAGAAGGUCUUCCGGAAGCUGUCCGGUUUAAAAACCCACCGGAAGAUCCACGCGGGCUCCAGGCCUUUCCGCUGCGGGCAGUGCGGGAGCAGCUUCACCCAGCGAAGGCAUUUUCGCGUCCACCAGGAAAUCCACACCGGUAGCAAGCCCUUCCGCUGUGCCGACUGCGGCAAAUGCUUCCGCCAAGUCCAGCACUUCCGAACCCACCAGCGGAUCCACACCGGGGAGCGCCCCUUCCGGUGUGGCGAGUGCGGGAAAGGUUUCAACGAGCAGGGCAGCGUUCGAAAGCACAUGAGGAUCCACACCGGAGAGAGGCCCUACCGGUGCCCCGACUGUGGCAGGGCGUUCGUGGAGAUCGGGAACCUGAAACAGCACCAGAAGAUUCACUCCGGGGUCAAGCCCCACCCCUGUCCGGAGUGCGGGAAGGCUUUUGGGAGACUGGGAAGCCUGAGGACCCACAGGCGGACUCACACCGGGGAGAAGGCUCAUGGCUGCCGGGAAUGCGGGAAACGCUUCGUCCGGUCGGGCAGCCUGAAGACGCACCUGCUUGUCCACACUGGGGCGAAGCCGCACCGCUGCGGCGAGUGCGGGAAGACUUUCAGCCAGUCAGGUAGCCUCCGGGCUCAUCAGCUGACCCACUUGGGGGCGGAGCUGUACCUGUGCGCAGAGUGCGGGCGGAGCUUCAAGUACUUGAAGAGCUUUCAAAAGCAUCAGAAAAUCCACAGAGAGAAGUCUCUUUCACCCAACAGCGAAAGAUGAGUUACAUGCCUGCCCCCUAGUGUUUUUAGUCUGAAUGACAAGUACACUAAUCACAGUAGGUACAAAUACAGGAGGGGGGUCGCCAAAAAAUCAAAAGACAAAGGCGUAAUUAACCCUUAGCGGUCCAUUUAUUCAGUGCUUGUCAAAAUAUUUCCAGAGUUGAAACAGGUUUAAAAGGCC